GGGCCCUCCCAUCCCCAGACCCUGCAGCCCGCCAAGGAAGCAGGAAGAAGGUGGGGCCUGCACUCAGAUGGUGCCGUGAGGUCACUCACCGAUACGGUGGCUCCCUGAGAGGAGGAAAUGGAGUCCAGGCGCCCAGGACCGAGGGCAGGGCCGGGACAAGCCUGCCCGGGACACCACGGCCGGAAUCCCCAGCACAGUGUCCCCAGAAACUGGAUCAGGCGGCUAUAUCAAAAGACAUUCUACUUUCACUUCCAAAACCUGCCCCGCGCCUUUGGCCGGCACAACACCUUCCUCUGCUACCAGGUGGAAGGCAGCCGGGGCUCCUCGCCGGACAAGGGGAUCUUUAUGAACCAGAUGCGGCCCAGGGCUCCCAAGUACCACGCGGAACUGUCCUUCCUCUCCUGGUUCGAGAACUGCCUGCCGCUCCCUGCCCAGCAGCCGUACCAGGUCACCUGGUACCUGUCCUGGAGCCCCUGCAGCCGCUGUGCCGAGUGGGUGGCUGCCUUCCUGGACACGCACAGAAACGUGAGCCUGACCAUCUACACCGCCCGCCUCUACUAUCACUGGCACCCGGAGUACAGGGCUGGGCUUUUCCGGCUGGUCAGCGCGGGGGCCCAGGUGGCAGCCAUGUCCUUCUCAGAAUUUGAAAAGUGCUGGGAAGAGUUUGUGUACAAUGACGGAACCCCAUUUAGGCCUUGGCGGAUGCUGUAUCGAAACUACUGUGUCCAGGCGCACAACCUGCAGGACAUCCUCAGUGGCGCCGUGGGUCUGCUCAAGGAAGAAACCUUCUGCUUCCAGUUCAACAACCAGCGCCAGGUGCCGAAGACCCACCGACGCAGGAGGCCUUACCUGUGCUACCAGCUGGCCACGCCCACCGGGUCCCUGCUCCACAGAGGCUACCUGUGCAACCAGGUGUCUGUGGGGCGGGCGCAGGAAGAUCGUCACGUAGAAGUUUGCCUUAUUGACAAGAUCCAGUCCAUGGGGCUGGACCCCGCCCAGAGCUACCAGCUCACCUGCUACCUCUCCUGGAGCCCCUGCCCACGGUGCGCGCGGGAGCUGCUGGACUUCGCCAGCAGCCACCGCAACCUGGGCCUGCGGAUCUUCGCCUCCCGCCUGUACUUCCACUGGCGCAGGAACUUCCAGCAGGGGCUGUACCUGCUGUGCAAGGCCCACGUCCCAGUGACUGUCAUGGGCCUCCCCGAGUUCCAACACUGCUGGAAAACCUUUGUGGACCAAGCGAAGCCCUUCCCGGCCUGGCCGAAGCUGCCAGAACGCAGCGCCAGCAUCAAGAACCGGCUGCAGCGGAUUCUGAAGUCCUGGAGUCUGAGCGAUUCGUAGGACGCCUCCAGCAAACUCAGCCUCAGGCAGCAGUGACGAGCCCGGCUGGCCCUGGGGCGGGCGGGCGGGCUGCACGGAGGAGCAGCCAGCUCGGUGGAUCCCGCCCUCGCCCCAGCCCCAAGGCCUUUUGUUCUCCCUUCCUGCAUUUCUGUUCUGUGGAGGAGGUGGGUUCAUAAUUUUAUAAUUGAAAAAAAUACAGAUACUUUUACAUUUUGAAAAACCCAGGUUACUUUCUCAGGGGGCAAUCAGCUAUUUCCUUCAUCAAAAACUAAGUACAAGGAAUUUUUAAUCCUCCAGCACCAAGAGAAAAACACACCGGAAAAUCCCCUGUUGAGGCUGGAAUUCACUCUGGGGUCCAGGUAGCCCCUGGGUCUGUGCAUCGGGUCCCUUCUCAGCGUCUAACGAGCACCCACAUAGACCCACUUCAUCCGAGGUGUUUGAGAACAGGUGCGGCUGCGGAGAGGCCCCUGUCUCUUCAUUAGACUCCCGGCUACCUGACGUGGCUACAGUGGGCGGAGCCGUCCCGGGGUCAGAGCGGGAGGGAGGCAUCUGUCCCGGGAAUGAGAGGUGCUUGCCUUGAUGCUUUGGCUGUAGUCCCUAUCUGCUUCUGUGUCACCAUUUCCGGUUCUGCCGGCUGGCACAGAGUGGUGACGUCAACCCUGGCCCGGCGGCUGAAGCAUCUUCAGGAACUCCAUUCCCACGCACAGUAGUGCACCAAUUCCUGUGGCCGCCAUGGAACAUUAGGACAGCCAAUCACAUGCAUGCAUGUAACCAUUUAAGGGGGACAAAGAGGCUUAAAACCAUAUAUGAGGGGGAAAAAAAAAACAACAAAAACCUUCUUUGUUCAGGGCUCAGGAUUCUGGAUAAGAAUUCCACCUGGGCCUUAUGCCGGCAUAAUAAAAGACCGCUUCCUGUUAA